AGCAUCUGACUAUAGAUUCCGUGCAGAGAAUGAUUUGUACAAUCCAUCCAUCUUUCCGUCACUCUCUAGAAGUACCUGGCUGACGGAUCUAUCAAACUUAACGAACCCCCUCCCUCCCUCCCUGCCCCUCUCUCUCUCUCUAUAUAUAUAUACCCAGACACAAUCACAUAUAUAUAUAUAUAACUUAAUUUACAUAGUCUUAUAUUCAAAUUACAAUCACUGUAGAUCCCGAUUUCGAUCCCGAUCCCAAUCCCAAUCACGAUUAGCUCUCAUUCUACUAGUCAUACUUCACACCAGCUGUCAGACAACUCCUUACAUCCCUUAAGGAAGGGCUUUAUUAAAGGUACAAGACAAUAAAAAAGAAAUACUCUACACCAUUUUAUUGAUGAUAAGGUGUUAAAUGAAGAUAGCUCGUUCUUGGAGGUUAGAUAUGAAGGAAUUUUUUAUGAUGUCGGGGUCGCGCCAUCGGCCACAUGUAAAGGGGCCAAAGUGGAUUGUUGUUUUAGUAUGUAUGGUGAGCAUUUUUCUUAUAGCAGCCUAUACAUAUCCACCCAGGAGUUCUGCAGCCUGUUAUUUAUUUUCUGCCACUGGUUGCUCCGUCAUUAAAAACCUACAACCUGUUCCAGUAAGAGAACUGACUGAUGCGGAGCAAGCAGCUGAAGUGGUUAUUAGAGAGAUUUUAAAAACACCUCUGAUUCAGUCGAAAAACCCGAAAAUUGCUUUCAUGUUUAUGACUCCAGGGCAAUUACCUUUUGAAAAAUUAUGGGAUCUGUUCUUUCAAGGCCAUGAGGACAGAUUCACUGUCUAUGUACAUGCUUCUAAAGAAGCACCACCACAUGUGAGUCGUUAUUUUAUCGGACGCAAUAUACGUAGUGAAAAGGUGGAGUGGGGAAGAAUAUCAAUGGUAGAUGCUGAGAGGAGACUGGUGUCAAAUGCUCUAAAAGAUCCUGAUAAUCAGCAAUUUGUCUUGCUAUCUGACAGCUGUGUACCAAUUCAUAAUUUCGAUUAUGUGUACAACCACCUUAUAUUCACCAAUGUCAGCUUCAUUGACAGUUUUGAAGAUCCAGGUCCGCAUGGUGUUGGUAGGUACUCAGAACAUAUGCUUCCAGAAGUGGAAAAGAAGUACUUUCAGAAAGGCUCACAGUGGUUCACAUUGAAGAGGCAGCAUGCAAUACUAAUUACGGCUGACUCCCUCUAUUACAAUAAAUUCCGUGAUUACUGUAGGCCAGGUAUGGAGGAGAACCGCAAUUGCUAUUCUGAUGAACAUUACCUGCCUACCCUGUUUAAGAUGUUUGAUCCAAAAGGAAUCGCAAGUUAUUCAGUAACCUAUACUGAUUGGUCUGAGAUGAAGUGGCACCCGAGAUUAUUUCGGGCUCAAGAUGUAUCAUUUGACCUACUCAAGACCAUGGGAUCCAUUCAGGAUAGUAUACAUAUAACCAGUGAUGAAAAGAGGACAGUAUUGACAAGACCUUGCAUGUGGAAUGGAAUGAAGCGGCCUUGCUAUUUAUUUGCGAGAAAGUUUGAUCCUGAUAGUCUGGAUAGUCUAAUGAAGAUUUUUACUAAUCAUACUACAAUUUAAACGUUUUCAUAUAUCAUUUGUUCUUUAGUCAGGAUUAGAGGGUUUCACCCUGUUCCAUUUUUUUUGAAUUUGGUAUACAAUUUCUGGAAACUCCAUAAAGUUAUCCAUAUUAUUAUGAUCGCCAAGUAGAAGUUUCCGCAUGGGUAAUCAAAUAUUCCACAUGAAGGGUGAGCUGCGCAAGCAAUGCUCCUGAUGGUUGACCAGCUGAGCAUUGGUGGAUGCUUCAGAAAGCCCCUUCUGUUCUUGUACUUUCCUUUUGGCUUAGGGGGAUGAAGAUCAUCCGAGCUAAUUCCAAUUUUGUAAUUUGACUCUGUUCCUGCAAUUAAUUUUUUUGCAUUCUGCCAA